AUGUGUGAUUUAAUUCUCAGCGAUCAAGACGUGCUCAACUCGACUCUCUGGACGAGUCGAGCUCAGCAACCUCAACUAGGUCAACUCUACCGCAACAAAGUGAUCUGUGCCUCUGAUUACAUUUCACCCGGUCAUGGUCCAAUGUUCAAAGUCACCGAUCAAAUGCGACAAAUCGCGCAAUGCCAGGGGAAACUUUCAGCUAGCGGA